UUUUUGUUUCUAUUGUUUCGCUUCGUUUCAGUUGCUUGUUGCUUUUGGAUCAGUCCCCCAUCAAAAUGAGCACCAAAGGCACGCCAGGCAAAUCGCAACAGCGUAACUUGCUCUCGUUCUUCAAGGCGGUCGACAAGCCCGCAGCGCCGCCAAAGCUCGGCACCAGCACGAGCAAGGAGGACGCAGAGGACGCAUGCAACGACUUGAUGGCCGGGCGCAGCGAGGAGUUGCUGACACCGCGAAGCUCGACCACGGACGAAGAGCAGCGUUUGCCGCCAACACCCGUUACUCCGAUGAGCCAUCUUCCUACAGCUGCCAAGGCCAUGCUGGCCAUGUCGCCACAAUCGACCAACAACAAGGCGCAACCAAUGGACACAUCCUCCGAUGAUGCGCGCGGCAUCAUCACACCUGCCGCCACUCGACCAGCUUCGUCGGCGACCAGUCCCAGUGCAGCAGCUGCAGCACCAGCUGGUGGAGAUGGCGCAGCCCCGUCCUCUGCCAGCCGCGGUGCCAAGCGUCGCGCUGCGAUCGACAGUGACUCGGAGGACGAGGCUCACGCUUCCCGGCCCAUCACGGUGUCUCGCACAACAGAUUCUGCUCGCGAUUCGGCUCCGGCAACUACGGAAGAGCGCCGCGCGCGUUCGACGCGAGGCUCACGACCAUCCCGCUCCGACAACCGAGAUUCUCCCGCCAAACAGGCCAAGAAGCGCCGAGUGGUGGCCUCUGACGACGAGGACUCGUCGUUUUCGGCCCAGUCCGGUAGCGAUGCAGAAUCGGACGACUACUCUUCAGAUGAGGACGCCUCCAACGAAAGCGACAACGACAUGGACGAGGACGACAUGCUUGAAGAGGAUGACGAGAGACCUCGGUCAAAGGCGUCCAAGGCGUCCAAGGCGCCAAACCGCACUGCGUCGAGCGCACUUGUGGCACCGAGCACACCUCGCGCUUCCAACACAACGGCAUCCGCUGCAACAUCUCCACGCACUCCUGUCAGUGCCCACCUCGCGCGAUUUGCGGCGUCCUCUCCGAAUUCGACAUCGCCUCGUUCCACAGCGUCGCCGAUGACGGCUGUGACUCCUUCCUCCUCGGCAAAGAAGGGCAUGAUGGGAUUGGGCAGCGCCCUUGCCAGCAGCCCAGCAGGCGCUUCGCGCGAUGAGGAGGGCCAGCAGCAGCGCUACCCAUGGUUGGUGAACGUGAAGGAUGGCAGCGGCCGUUUGCCGACUGAUCCGGCGUACGAUCCGCGAACGCUCUUCAUCCCGCCCUCGGCCUGGGCCAAGUUCACUCCGUUCGAAAAGCAAUACUGGACAAUCAAGAAGGAUCACUGGGACACGGUGGUCUUUUUCAAGAAGGGCAAAUUCUACGAGUUUUACGAAAAGGACGCGCUGAUUGCGCACCGCGAGUUUGACUUGAAAAUGUCGGAUCGAGUCAACAUGUUUAUGGCUGGCGUGCCAGAGUCAUCCUUCACGAUGUGGGCGUCAAAGUUCAUUGCACUCGGAUACAAGGUCGCCAAGGUGGACGAGACCGAGUCUGCGCUGAGCAAGGCCAUGCGAGAAAAGAAUGAAAAAUCGCAGCCGGGUCCCAAAGAGAAGAUCAUCCGCCGAGAGCUGACGUCCAUUCUGACGCGGGGCACGCUGAUGGGUGACAUGCUGGUUGACGAGUUGUCCACGUACAUUCUGUCCAUCAAGGAAGACACUGCCAGUCACUCGUACGGCCUGUGCUUUGCCGACACGGGCACGGCCGAGUUCAACCUGUGCGGCUUCCAGGACGACCCAGCCCUGACAACGCUUGAAACCCUGCUGAUGCAGGUGCGACCCAAAGAGAUUGUGUGCGAGCGAAACAAUCUGUCCGCGGCCACCAUGCGGCUCAUCAAAAACACCAUGUCUGCCCCAACAAUCAACCCUCUGACCCCGCGCGUCGAGUUCUGGGAGGCUGCCGCGACCAUCGAUGAGCUCGUUUUUGAAAACUACUUUUCGUCGACCCCGGCCGCGACAGGCGCCAAGCAGCAAUCCUCCCGCGUGCCAACCGACUCGUCCGCAACCUCGCAGCGAGCAGAUACUGCGUGUUUUCCUCAGGCCAUUCUGGACAUGCAGUCCCACCCUCUGGUCAUCUCGGCUCUCGGAGGUUUGGUGCAUUAUCUCCGCACAUUGUGCAUUGAGCGCGAGCUGCUCUCCCAGCGCAACUUUCACCUGUACGAUGCACUGCGACACGGCUCUUGCUUGCUACUGGACGGCCAGACUCUGCAGAACUUGGACGUUCUGUUUGCUUCAUCCAACACCCUCGGCGGCGGCGGUGGUGCGAGUGGCGGCAGUGCACACGAUGCUGGCUCUCAGGACAGCUCGGCGGGCUCAUCGUCGUCGUCGUCUAAGGGUGGCAAGAAGCAGGCCAACAGCGGCGCAAGCCUCACGGGUGUCAGCAGCGACGGGUCCCUGCAUGCGUUGCUCAACCGAUGCGUCUCACCAUUUGGCAAACGGCUCUUCCGACGCUGGCUGUGCCAUCCCUUGCGCCACAUCCCUGAGAUUAACGACCGGUACGACGCGGUGGAGGACUUGUUGCGGCUCAGCAACCUGACCGGCAACCUGACGACGACGCUUCGCAAGCUGCCAGAUCUGGAGCGCAUUGUUUCGCGGAUUCAUGCAGGCAGCUGCAAGCUGGAAGACUUUUUGCGCGCGAUCGACGGGUUUAAACAGCUCCAAAGCUUGAUGCAGCGCAUGCCACCGCAGCUCCAGGACUCGUCACGUGUCGGAUCGCACGGCAGCACGGACGAGAUCACAUCGCGCCGGCUUCGUCGCUGCUUGACCGUCGGGGAGGGCUGCUUCCCAGACCUCUCUGGCCUGCUGACCGAGCUCGACGCUGCGUUUGACCAGCGUCUCGCCAAGGAGCAAGGAUCGCUCAUCCCGUUCGCAGGCGUCGACGAGGACUACGACAAGGCGUGCGAGGACGUGCGGGUGCUCGAGACAAAGCUCCAAGACCAUCUGGUUGAGGUGCAGCGGUUGCUCAAGGAUCGGACGAUUGCGUAUCGCGACAUUGGCAACGAAAAGUACCAGCUUGAGGUGCCUGUUCGGAUUACGGACGUUCCCGGCGACUGGGACUUCAAGUCGUCCACCAAGGCCGUGCGCCGCUUCUGGACCCCACUCAUUCGCAAGACGGUCACGCCGCUCGCCGAGGCCAUCGAAACUCGGCAAGCCGUUCUCCGCGAGGGGCUGGCACGCGCGCUCGCGCGCUUUGACACGCACGUUGCCAAGUGGUCUGCCGCCGUUCGCUGUGUGGCCGAGCUGGACUGCCUGUUGUCCUUGGCGUCUGCCAGCAGCUCGCUGGGAGAUCCCGUGUGCCGACCCACGCUGGUGGAGCGCGGCGACGACGACAGCGAGCCCGUGCUCGAGCUGGAGGAUUUGCGCCAUCCGCUGCUCGCCUACCUCGGCUCGUCGUACAUUGCCAACGAUACGGCAUUGGGUGGGAAGGCGCAUCCGCGCAUUUUGCUGCUGACCGGACCGAACAUGGGUGGCAAGUCCACGCUGCUGCGCCAAACGUGUCUUUCCGUUAUCAUGGCGCAGCUGGGUUGCUUUGUUCCGGCAGCCAAGUGUGUCUUGUCGCCCGUGGACCGCAUCUUUACGCGCAUCGGUGCCAACGACAACAUUCUGGCUGGACAGUCCACGUUCAUGGUUGAGCUGCGUGAGACGAGCAACAUUCUCAAGAACGCGACGCGCGACUCGUUGGUCAUUCUGGACGAGCUUGGUCGCGGCACGAGCACGUUCGACGGCUACUCGAUCGCGUACUCUGUGCUCCAUCACCUCUCGCACGAAAUCCGAUGCCGCGCGCUCUUCUCCACGCACUACCACAUGCUGACGGACGAAGUGAUUGACGAGCAGCAGCGUGAAAUGCAACAAACGGGCAGCUCGGUGCCGAUUGUCGGUCUCGCUCACAUGGCCUGUCUCGUGGACGAGGGCAAACGAGAGGUGACCUUCUUGUACAAGCUCACGGAUGGCGUUUGCAACAAGUCUCACGGCAUGAAUGUUGCCAACAUGGCUGGUCUUCCUUCCGAGGUUAUCGAUCGUGCCGAGCAAAAGGCAGCCGAGUUUGAGGCUGCGACGCGCGCAUUGCACUCGUUGAACAAGCAGCGGUUGCAGCAAUCGCCAACACCCAUGGCCAUGGUUGAAUGAGUUGGUUUUUUUUCUGAUUGUCGCACCAACUGGAUUGAAAAGUCAUGGCUUUCGCUGCUGCUGCUACAGGACAUGCUUUUGGUUGGGGCGAUACAUUGGUUGUUUGAUUUGUGUGUGAUUUUGAUUUGUUGCCACAAUGAACUCGUUGAAUUUGUG